AUGCUGGAGCAGGUGAAUCCUGACACAAUAACUCGUGUGGUUGUGGAUGAGGGCAAAAAAAUUAAGUAUAUGUUUUGGGCUUUGGGAGCUAGCAUAGAAGGAUUCCGCGUGAUAAGAAAAGUCCUCGUUAUGGAUGCAACACACCUGAAGACUGUUUAUGGUGGAGUGUUAUUUAUUGCGACUGCUCAGGAUCCCAAUCAUCACCACUACCCAAUUGCGUUUGGUGUUGCAGAUGGUGAGAAAUAUGAGAGUUGGCUAUGGUUUAUAGAACAGUUGAAAUCAGUGAUAUUGGAUCUCCCUGGAUUGGUGUUUCUUUCGGACAGAAACAAAGGCUUGAUCAAGGCAGUACAUCAAGUGUUCCCUCAGGCCACUCAUGGGUAUUGUAUAUGGCAUCUGUCUCAAAAUGUUAAAGGCUACGUCCGUAACAACAGAGAGACAUGUGCAUUUAAGUUUAUGGAGUGCACACACGCUUAUACACAGGCUGAGUUCUUGGUCCUUUACUCCUUUAUGACGCUUUUGGCAGGAAAUAUCCUAGUGCAGCAGAGUAUCUUGACAAAAGUUGUGAACAAAAGAAAUGGGCUAGAUGUUACUUUGAAGGAGUUAGGAAAAAUUGCUGAAUGGUUUAAUAAGCACAGAAAAGAGGCAGCUGAAAUGCCACCCGCACUAAAGCUUGUGCAUAUUGUGGAGGAGGAAAUGUCUAAAAGAUGUGUUGAUGCAGGGUUUCUUCAGGUUGACGAGUUAAACAACUUCCAUCUCGAGUACAGUGUGCUUGGUAGUGACGGGAAGCGUUAUACCGUGGACAUGGCUAUGAACACGUGCACCUGUGAGCAAUUUGAUAAAGACAAAUAUCCAUGUGUUCAUGCAGUAGCUGCUGCCACAUUCAUGACUGAUAAAGCGGGAAGGGAACUCCAUCUAUCUGAGUAUUGUUCUAAGUACUAUUUGGUGGAGCAAUGGGCUUUGGCUUAUCACAGGACAAUAUAUCAUGUUCCUCAUAUGUCUGAUUGGGUUAUACCAGAAGAAAUUAGAGCAAAGAAAGUACUUCCUCCAGAAUUUGAAGUCAAGAAAGGAAAACCACAACAAACAAGGAAACCAUCAGCAGGAGAAGCUCGUGGAAGAGAAAAAAGAGGCAGAGGGAGUGGAAGAGGGAGAGCCACAAGCACAUGCACAUGCACAGGCAGAGCCAGAGGAAGAGGUAUGGCAGCGUAUUUUGAAUGUGGAAGUGGUUCAGGUUCAGGUGUUUGA